AUGCGUGGGAGUCCAAGUCGCAGGCCAACGCAGCCGGAACUGCAGCAGCAGCAGCUCUCCGUACGAAAUCCGGAACCCGGAACCUCCGCCAUUGUCUACGACUCUGCGGCUCUACGAGGCUGCGAGGCUGCUGCCCGGCGCAGCAACAGCAGCGGCAGCAGCACCACCACUACCUGCAGUAGCCAGGAGCAGCAGCAGCAGCCAAAGGAGAGGCAGCGGCAGGAGGAACGCCAGCAGGAGCAGUGGCAGCAGGAACACAUGUGCAUUAUUGUUGCCUAUCUGGCGGACGCUCUCUAUCCGACCGCAGCAACAGUGCCAACAACAAAGCCACCGCAGCAGGAGCAGGAGCAGGAGCAGGAGCAACAAAUGCUGGAGCUACUGCAACAACAGCAACAUCAGCUCAUAUAA